AUCUGCCUAAAUAGAAUUACUUUCGCCUCCCGCCAAAGAUCUCUAAGGCACAGCAAAACUAAAGUGGAGUUAGUGUGUUGAUAAUCUUUGAAGGCUACACUGUAGACUUUUCUUGGUCGUUACAUUGUAAUAUUCAUUUCUGCUUCCUUUGGAGUAAUCUGGAUACUAAUUUGGACCAAUUUGUCCUGUAGUAAAAUGGGCAUGCCUGAAUUUGAUGCAGUCUUCGGACGUAGGCUGCCUGAUGACCUGCUAAUGUUUCCUUGGCAGGUUUUGUCUGCCUUUUCAAGCCGGAGGAAAUAGACUCGCCUCCCUCUCUUUUUUUUCUUGCCCCGUGUCCUGGUGUUGAAAGUGAUUUGGUGUUUUAGCAAUGACAUAAACAAGUGUAUGGACAGAUGGUGUCUUUUUUAAACGACUAGGGUGUCAUUAAUUCUACACUUUUGAACUCGUUCAAAGUGUAGGCAAUAUUACAGCUCUUGUUCUGGGGGAUGGUUUCGAUUUGUUUCUUUCGACAAACGUCGUCCUUGACAGAAAAUGUAGACAGGUCAAAGUUGGAGUUCGGUGAGAAAUAGCGAUGCUAUCAUUAUAGGAAACUGAUAUCACGCAGACAUCCGGAAACGCUUCCACGCGCCACGGUUUCCUAGCAUGAUGUCAAUAUGCUUUAACAAUACAAAGGAUUCAUUCAAGGACCUCGAUUGAGAUGCCGUAUAUGCGCGUUGGUCAUGGGUGCGUCGACGCGGUUAAUUUGCUCUGCUCCAUACGGUUUUGGACUGUGUUUAUGGAAUGAUCCAAUCUGGAAUGAUUAAAUAGCCUGCAUUGAUACAUAUUCCGACAAUAUGGCUGACCAGAGUAACAUCCAGUCUGCUGCUUCCAAAAGCAUCCGGCCAUUCAAGUCCAGCGAGGAAUACCUGUAUGCCAUGAAAGAGGACUUGGCCGAGUGGUUUAACACGCUGUAUGAACUGGAUAUAACGGCGGACACCUUUAUGGAAGGGCUGGAGACUGGCUGUGCCCUCUGUCGGCAUGCCAACAACGUGAAUCGCGCAGCGCUGGACUUUCAACUGGAGUACCCAGAGGCUGCACAGUCAUUGAGGAUGCCAACCAAGGAUGUGGUCUUUCAAUCAAGAAACGUGGUUUCUGGCUCGUUUUUGGCUCGGGACAACGUGUCCAAUUUCAUCGGCUGGUGUCGUCAGGAACUGUGGAUCAAGGAUGUUCUCAUGUUCGAGACCAACGACAUAGUGGAGAAAUGCAACGAGAAGAACUUUGUGCUGUGCCUGCUGGAGGUGGCGAGGCGUGGCGCCAAGUUCGGCAUGCUGGCCCCGAUGCUGAUCCAGCUGGAGGAGGAGAUCGAGGAGGAGAUCCGGGACCAGGAGAACCUGGGGGAGCCCAGCCCAAGCCUGCUUCCAAUAAGCAGGGCUUUCGUUCGGAAAGAGAGUGUGGUGGAUGAACCCGAGCCUGCCCCCUAUGCACAUUGGCAACAGAAACAGAGGGUGCUGUGUGACAUGAGAAACUUAGAUGAGUUGGUGCGGGAGAUCCUGGGCCGUUGCUCCUGCCCUGCCCAGUUCCCCAUGACCAAGGUGUCUGAAGGGAAAUACAAAGUGGGAGACUCCAGCGCUCUGAUCUUCAUACGGGUCCUUCGUACUCAUGUGAUGGUGCGUGUGGGUGGGGGAUGGGACACGUUAGAACACUAUCUGGACAAGCAUGACCCCUGCCGCUGUGCCGCCUUCGCUCACCGGUACCACCAGGCCAAAGCCAGCGGGCAGGGUGCCCACAGCAAGUCCUCCAGUGCCCACUCCUCCCGCUCCACCAGCCCAGGUCCACACUGGCGUAACGAGGGCAUUGCCCCAUAUAAGCCCCCUGACAGACGCACCCAGGGCCUGGAGCCUCCAUCAUGUACCCCCUCCUCCUCCACCCGGCCUGGCCGCUCACACCACCCCUCCCUCCCUACAGAGCUCGACUCAAACGCAGGACGCACCCCCCUGUUACCACGACCACCGCGGGAACGCUCAGAACCCCGCCACUUCAACCCUGUCAGGUCUAAGGACUCGUCAUUGUUGCCAGUGACCCGCCGUCUAUCAGGGGACAGCGACUCCUCUACAGCCUCCUCUAAGGGAGGAGGAGGGACAGGGGGAGGCCGCUUCUCUCUGGGAGGCACCCGUCGCUCCGGAGAGGAGGUGGUGCUGUUGGUUAACAGGAAGGAGGGGAAGCAUAUAAUCGAGAGGCCUGGAGAAGGCGGACAGGGCCCAUCCCUGUGCCCCCCAAUGCCCCGCACACGCAGCCACUCCCGGGAUCGCCUCGCCCCCGCCCCCGCCUCCAUCCUCAAACCCAGCCCCCCACAGGGCCCCUCUGACGGGCUCAGGAGCAGCCAUGGGGAGAGGGGCCGCUCUCUCGGGCCCGAAAGUCCCCGCAGGCUCCAGACCCUGCGCUCCCACAGCCAGGGGAAGAUGCCCAGCCGGAGUCGGACCAGCGAUGCCAGCCCUGGACCCUCUCCCCGUCAUGGGGCCUCGCAGCCCCCAUCCUCUGACAGACGAGAGGAGCUCAGGACCAAACAACUGCCCCCCGCCUCCCCCAGAAUCAAUGGAGGUUUCUCCAGGAGACAAUCAUCCUCCUGCUCUAAUUCACCUAUCAAAGGGCUUCAGAGCAGCAGCCUCAGUAAGAAGACUGUAGUGGCUCCCCGGCCCCCCGCUCCACGCUCCCCCUCGGUGGGGAGGAGUAGGCUGCUGCCCACAGUCACCCAGGCAGGCCGGCGCUCUCCUCACUCCUCCUCCCCCCGCUCCCCUCACCACCAUGGGCAUGGACCCCGCUCCCCUCGAACCUCCCACGGCCCUCGCUCCAAUGGGCAUGGCCACAGGGGGUGGGCCAGCUCUGAACGACAGGAACCUGAGGAGGAGGGGCUAGGCUAUAACUUCCAGAUCCUGCCCAACCUGGACCCCCAGAAAGAGCAGGACCUGUACCGCAGCUUUGAGGCUGAGUUCCUAGCUAACACAGGGCAGCGCAGAGGGGGGCCUAGUAGACCCACAGGGGGGGGGGGCCUUCAGCUUCCUGCCUCUUCACACCCACAGCAGGUUGGGCCCCAAACCCUGCCCACGCCUGCCUCUGCUGACCCUAACGUCACUGACUCGGCCUACUCCUCCUCCAACUCCUCCAACUCCUCACUCAACGUGGGGGGUAAGGUAGGAGUUCUGCCUGACCUCCGGGAGUCUAAAAGAACUAACCCACGUUUCUCUGGAGGCCUGGAGGAUACCCUGGCCCCACUGCAUGGCCAUAGCCCUGGCGGACUAUCCAACGGUGGGCACGCAGAACCAGAGCGCUGGGGCGGGCGAGGUGGAGGUCUCAGGAAGCUCCCUGCCAUCUCCAGUUCCAUAGACGAAGGGGAGCUCCUGUCCUCCUUGCCCAGCCGGAGAGACUUGGAGCUGGGCAUAUCUCUCAGCCAUGCCCCCUCACAACUUCCUUUCCACCGCAGGAGCAUGAAUGGGGGGGGGCAUGUCAGUGGUGCUCUAGUAGAGGUGCUGAUGGAGAGCCAGCAGGGUCAGCUGGGCUGGGGCUCGGGGCCUGAGGGAGACGUCCCACUGGAGGAUCACCAACCAAGCGUCCCCUACGACCUGGAGGGUGGAGACCACAACGAUGACCUCCCUCCCCCAGAGUCUUGUCCCUCGCCCAUCCCCCUGCCCCCCUCGGAGGACGGCUCCUUCCAGGAAGACUCCUCCAGUGAGAGCUCCUCCAUGUGCUUCAGCCUGAGUGAAUCACGCUCAGAGUACUCUCCUCCACCUCCUCCCCUGGCCAAUGGGGAUGCAGUUGAUGGGGGUGUAGUCUUCCGGCCCAAGAGGGCAGGGAAAAAGGCUGACAGGGUGCCCUCCAUCUACAAGCUCAAGCUGAGGCCCAGGAUCAGACCCCGUACAGACAACAGGCCAGGGAACAGCCCGUCACGUAUCCCCACCCCAGUCAGCUACAGAGACCUUCAGGCCAGGGGCAGCCAUACUCCCCUCCAGACCCCUACCCCGCCACAGUCCCCUCAGAGCUCCCAUUCCAACGACCAUUCACCCUCACGAAAGGCCAUGCACCAGGCCUUUGCCGACCUGAUCCACCCCCAGUCACGCUCCCCUGCCAUGGGCAACAGGGACCGCUCCUACUCUGUGGAGUCAGAGAGCGGCUUGGACACUGAGGCCUGGAUGUAACACACAACUAACUAAUCCUGAUGAUGCUGAUAUAGAAAAGUCUGUUGUCAAAUGAAACUGACUACUGUCUAAAAUAGACUGGAGACUGGGCUACAGACUAUUUUUUAUAGAGCAUGUUGCACACUCCCUCAUUUUGUCAUGCAGUCAUGCCCUUUCCUACCUAUAACGGUCAGGGUUUCAGUAUCCAAUUAUAUUCUUUGCACUCUAAGCCUAAUUAUUUAUUACCAAAGGAUCGAUCCCGAAUCGAAUACUAUUGUUUAAGUUGAAUGGAUUUAUUGGCAUUAUAUGGGGAUGCUUUGUUCAAUCAUAAAGUGUCUAAUACAAAGCAGGCACUGUCUUGAAAGCCCCAUGCUAUAUACGCAUCGCUGAAGAAUUGUCAGGGCUGAUGGGGAGGAAAGAACCCCAGGCAGAAGCAGUGAAUCACAAGCAUCAUCAUCAAGUCAACUGGACUGGCUCCCUCUAGUGGACAGUGUAUGCCACAGCAUCUCUGUCUGCUUUGAUUGUCAAAAUACUGGUGUGGAGAGCGUGCUGUAACAAAUACUUUCUCUCAUUCUCCAUACUGCCACUCACCCUCUGCUCCUUACCUUCUGUGGAUCUUUACACAUCUAAUCUGUAUUGGACUUAUAUAUCAAUACAAUACUCUACAAUAAUUUACUGUACAAUGUUCACAUCUAACAGUCCUUUGGACUUCGUAUUCCAUAUGUGCACUUCUACUCACCUUCCCCCACCAACCCUCUGCAUCCUGACUUGUUCAUUGUCAUACAUGUAUGAUGUCACUUUCUCACUGCCAAUCCACAUGGCCAUGAUUGAGUGAUGUCUUCUGAUUCGUUUUUGAGCUUUUAUUGUGGAAAUAUACAAAGUAGUAUUUUUCACAUUAUGUUCUAUGUGUUAACUGCAGUCUGGGGCAAGAGUAAGAUAAUAUGUCAUUGUCACUGAAACAUACUUCCAAUGAUCAAGAUUUAUCUCAACUUGAAAAUCAACACUAAAAUAUGUGUACAAAAGAGUAAGUUAAGUGGAUGAAUGUGUUUAUAUAUGUGCAUGUGUAUAUACAGUGCCAGUUAAAAGUUUGGACACACCUACUCAUUCCAGGGUUUCUCUUAAUUUUUUACUAUUUUCUACAUUGUAGAAUAAUGUUGAAGACAUCAAAACUAUGAAAUAACACAUAUGGAAUCAUGUAGUAACCAAAAAUGUGUUGAACAAAUCAAAAUAUAUUUUAUAUUUAAAAUUAUUUGAAGUAGUCACCCUUUGCCUUGAUGACAGCUUUGCACACUCUUCUCUCAACCAGCUUCAUGAGGUAGUCACCUGGAAUUAAUUUAAAUUAAGAGGUGUGCCUUGUUAAAAUGUAAUUUGUGGAAUUUCUUUCCUUAAUGCAUUUGAGCCAAUCAGUUGUGUUGUGACAAGGUAGGGGUGGUUUACAGAAGAUAGCCCUAUUUGGUAAAAGACCAAGUCCAUAUUAUGGCAAGAACAGCUCAAAUAAGCAAAGAGAAAUGACAGUCCAUCCUUUCUUUUAAGACAUGAAGGUCAGUCCAUACAGAAAUUUCAAGAACUUUCAACGUUUCUUCAAAUGCAGUCGUAAAAACCAUCAAGCUCUAUGAUGAAACUGUCUCUCAUGAGGACCGCCACAGGAAAGGAAAACCCAGAGUUACCUCUGCUGCACAGGAUAAGUUCAUUAGGAGUUACCAGCCUCAGAAAUUGCAACCCAAAUGAAUGCUUCAGAGUUCAAGUAACAGACACAUCUCAACAUCAACUGUUCAGAGGAGACUGUGUGAAUCAGGCCUUCAUGGUUGAAUUGCUGCAAAGAAACCACUACUAAAGGACACCAAUAAUAAGAAGAGAGUUGCUUGGGCCAAGAAACACGAGCAAUGGACUUUAGACCGGUGGAAAUCUGUCCUUUGGUCUGAUGAGUCCAAAUUUGAGAUUUUUGGCCGCUGUGUCUUUGUGAAACGCAGAGUAGGUGAACGGCUGAUCUCCGCAUGUGUGGUUCCCACCGUGAAGCAUGGAGGAGGAGGUGUGAUGGUGUGGGAGUGCUUUAAUGGUGACACUGUCGGUUAUUUAUUUUCAAAUUCAAGGCACACUUAACCAGCAUGGUUGCCACAGCAUUCUGCAGCCAUACACCAUCCGCAUCUGGUUUGCGUUUAGUGGGACUAUCAUUUGUCUUUCAUCAGGACAAUGACCCAAAACACACCUCCAGGCUGUGUAAGGGCUAUUUGACCAUGGAGAGUGAUGUAGUGCUGCAUCAGAUGACCUGGCCUCCAUAUUCACCCAACCUCAAUCCAAUUGAGAUGGUUUGGGAUGAGUUGGACUGCAGAGUGAAGGAAAAGCAGCCAACAAGUGCUCAGCAUAUGUGGGAAGUCCUUCAAGACUGUUGGAAAAGCAUUCAUCAUGAAGCUGGUUGAGAGAAUGCCAAGAGUGUGCAAAGCUCUCAUCAAGGCAAAGGGUGGCUACUUUGAACAAUCUCAAAUAUAAAAUAUAUGUUUCCAACUUUUUUGGUUACUACAUGAUUCCAUAUGUGUUAUUUCAUAGUUUUGAUGUCAGCACUAUUAUUCUACAAUGUAGAAAAUAGUAAAUAUAAAGAAAAACCUUGGAAUGAGUAGCUGUGUCCAAACGUUUGACUGGUACUGUACAUGUAUAUGUAUACUUGCAUAAAGAUGUGGUUAUAGUGUAUAUAACAAGACAUAAUUAUGAAAUGUGUAAAUAUUUGCUGUAUGGGGUUAUAUGCUGCCUUAGCUAUGCAAUAUUGCUGUUGGAAAUGCCUUGACAAUUCCCUUUGCCUUAAAAUGUGUGUUUGAGUGUGGUUUGAGAAUGUUAGUGCCCAACAACAACACCCAUCCAACGUGAGUGUCAUUGCCAUCACCAUCAGUUUGUUUCUCAGUGUAGAAUUGUUCAACGACACUAAAUUAAAAGAAGCACUUUUUUUUAGAUGGAUUAUAAUCUAUUUGUAUAAUAGAUACAUAGACAAACCAAUCUUUCGUGAAAGUGUCUUCAGUGACAUCUAGUGGUUGUAAAAAGUGUCAUAUUUGGAUGAAAUUCCUUUGAGUUUUAUAUUAACAUAUUGAGUUUUGAAUCAUGUGCUUUGCUGGAUUGGUUUGGAGUAGAUGAUUGUUCAUCGUGAUGUACUCUGUGGUGUAUUGAAAUGGCUUAAGAAUAUGUGUAGGUUUUUCUUGAGGGCUUUUAUGUGGAGAAUGGACAUGAAUAAUUGAUAGUGUAAUGGUUUUGUCUGUCCCCUGUUAUGGACUCUGCCUUAUUGGCAAUAUCAAUAACAGAGCAGGCCAGGGAUCUGAAUGUGGGGUUGACACUUUAACAAGGCUUUAGAGCCUGUAAAACUACUAUGAAUGGUUUUACAGUGGAAUGACAGGGACCUUUGCUGCAGUGGGUUUUCAGUAAUCGGGUUGCACGAGCAGAGGUGGUGUGCGCACAUCUGUCAGCAAUCUGAAUCUGAGUACGUACUGUAUAGGAAUAUGUACCAGGUGUUCUGGUGUCAAUGGGAACAUGGUAGCAUUGCUGAUGAAAAGAAGGGAGGGAUGUAGUUGGUCUUAUUUAUUUAUUUAUGAAUUGGUCUCGAGUUACAGGUAUGGCUCGAAGUGAAAAACAAUGAUGUAUGUAGAGUCUGAAGGUGAGGGCCCAGAAUAAGUCAUAAAAGGGAAAUAAAAAAUGUUGUUAGAACUGUGGCUCUCCAUUAUCCUUAUGGCUUUAGCCAGAGCCCAUAGUUCAGUAAUGCACAGGGUUCCAGGGACCUUAUCAAUUCUCUGCAGACACUUUUACAUUUUUAAAUUUUUAUUUCACUUUUAUUUAACCAGGUAGGCAAGUUGAGAACAAGUUCUCAUUUACAACUGCGACCUGGCCAAGAUAAAGCAAAGCAGUUCGACACAUGCAACAACACAGAGUUACACAUGGAGUAAAACAAACAUACAGUCAAUAAUACAGUAGAAAAAUAAGUAUAUAUACAAUGUGAGCAAGUGAGGGAGGUAAAGGCAAAAAAAAGGCCAUGGCGGCGAAUCAAAUACAAUAUAGCAAGUUAAACACUGGAAUGGUUGAUUUGCAGUGGAAUAAUGUGCAAAGUAGAGAUAGAAAUAAUGGGGUGCAAAGAAGCAAAAUAAAUAAAUACAGUAGGGGGAGAGGUAGUUGUUUGGGCUAAAUUAUAGGUGGGCUAUGUACAGGUACAGUAAUCUGUGAGCUGCUCUGACAGCUGGUGCUUAAAGCUAGUGAGGGAGAUAAGUGUUUCCAGUUUCAGAGAUUUUUGUAGUUCGUUCCAGUCAUUGGCAGCAGAGAACUGGAAGGAGAGGCGGCCAAAGGAAGAAUUGGUUUUGGGGGUGACCAGAGCGAUAUACCUGCUGGAGCGCGUGCUACAGGUGGGUGCUGCUAUGAUGACCAGCGAGCUGAGAUAAGGGGGGACUUUACCUAACAGGGUCUUGUAGAUGAUCUGGAGCCAGUGGGUAUGGCGACGAGUAUGAAGCGAGGGCCAGCCAACGAGAGCAUACAGGUUGCAAUGGUGGGUAGUAUACGGGGCUUUGGUGGCAUAACAGAAUGCACUGUGAUAGACUGCAUCCAAUUUAUUGAGUAGGGUAUUGGAGGCUAUUUUGUAAAUGACAUCGCCGAAGUCGAGGAUUGGUAGGAUGGUCAGUUUUUUGAGGGUAUGUUUGGCAGCAUGAGUGAAGGAUGCUUUGUUGUGAAACAGGAAGCCAAUUCUAGAUUUAACUUUGGAUUGGAUAUGUUUGAUGUGAGUCUGGAAGGAGAGUUUACAGUCUAACCAGACACCUAGGUAUUUGUAGAUGUCCACAUAUUCUAAGUCAGAGCCGUCCAGAGUAGUGAUGUUGGACAGGCGGGCAGGUGCAGGCAGCGAUCGGUUGAAGAGCAUGCAUUUAGUUUUACUUGUAUUUAAGAGCAAUUGGAGGCCACGGAAGGAGAGUUGUAUGGCAUUGAAGCUCGCCUGGAGGGUUGUUAACACAGUGUCCAAAGAAGGGCCAGAAGUAUACAGAAUGGUAUCGUCUGCGUAGAGGUGGAUCAGAGACUCACCAGCAGCAAGAGCGACAUCAUUGAUUUAUACAGAGAAGAGAGUCGGUCCAAGAAUUGAACACUGUGGCACCCCCAUAGAGACUGACAGAGGCCCGGACAACAGACCGGGUGGCAACAAUUGAGGCAGAUAAUUUUAGAAAGAGAGGGUCCAGAUUGUCUAGCCCGGCUGAUUUGUAGGGGUCCAGAUUUUGCAGCUCUUUCAGAGCAUCCGCUGACUCGAUUUGGGAGAAGAAGAAAUGGGGAAGGCUUGGGCGAGUUGCUGUGGGGGGUGCAGUGCUGUUGACCGGGGUAGGGGUAGCCAGGUGGAAAGCUUGGCCAGCCGUAGAAAAAUGCUUAUUGAAAUGAUCAAUUAUAGUGGAUUUAUCGGUGGUGACAGUGUUUCCUAUCUUCAGUGCAGUGGGCAGCUGGGAGGAGGUGUUCUUAUUGUCCAUGGACUUUACAGUGUCCCAGAACUUUUUUGAGUUUUUGUUGCAGGAAGCAAAUUUCUGCUUGAAAAAGCUAGCCUUGGCUUUUCUAACUGCCUGUGUAUAUUGGUUUCUAUCCUCUACUUGAGGCCAUAGGUGGUGUUCUACUAUUUCUGAGAAUGUUUUCAUGUAUUUUUGUGUCUUUGACUUGAGGAUUUUGGUUGUUCAAAUAUUUGCUUUUAACAUGUUUUAUCAUGCCAAUUAAUGUCCACACAUCAACCAAAUAGUCACAGUACAGCAGAUGCUGUUAUGCUUUUGCUGUAUUAAGGGAACACUCCAGCAAUGAAUAUAGCCAAUCCAAGAGGGUCACUGGUUUUGUUGAUAACUACACAGGGAGGAGCCAACCUACACACUGCCUAUUAACUGCUCAAAGAUACCGUUGCAUUUUUAUUUGACCCCCCACUGGCAUAAGUAGGCUCUGUUUGCAUUAUUAGCCAAUAUACAUUUUCUCUCUUCACUGACCCAAUGAAAAGUUGGGUCCAUUUCAUUGUAUUGCUUUUACAUGUGGCUGUCUUUAAAAAAAGUACUAUUUAUAUAUUUGUUUUUGAUACAUUUUCAAUUAAAAUGUUCAAUUAUCAAAUGGGUUUGAAAUAUUAAAACAUGCAUGAUGGGUAAGCAAGUGACAGAUGUUUUCCAGUAAACAUGUUGAAAACCAUGGUCUAAUGAUUGAGUUUGGCAAUUCAACUGUAAUUGCAAAAUGAUUUUCUAGUUUAACUUUCUCCUUAGGGUGCAACAUUUCUUUUGAUUGUCAAACACUGCUUUUAAAAUAACUAAUUAUCUCUCUCUCUCUCUCUCGCUCUCCCUUUUAUCUCUGAUAUCUCUGUCUAAAUUGUAUAAUAAAAAGUAAUGAAAUGAAACGGAUUGUCACAUCAAUUUUGAAUGUCCAUUUGAAUUUAUUUUUGUGUUUAAGCAUCAUUUGCUGAUGUUAUUUUCUAUCAAAUAAUGACAAUUAAAUGUACUGAAGAUGAGUACUUAACAUUUGUGGAAUUUGUCUGUAUUAAAUAGCAAUACUGCAAAACCAAGACCUCACUCUUCCUUGAAAAAUCAAUUGCUGUCAAGCUGUUCUUGAAAUAAAAUAUGUUCCUCUGAUAUUUCUCUAA